GGAUCCUACGUAGCUAAGUCGUAGCAAAGUCAGGUGUUGAGAUUUAGGGCUCAAAUCUUCCAAAUUCCCAAUUUCGUUCCUAACUUCCUCUCUGCCAUCCACAGCCAUGACACAUUGUUUUUCCCUUCGAUCGUAUUAUUUUUUCUCAAUUAACACUUCAUAUUUUUCAUGUUCUUUCAAGAACCUAACUUUUUGAAGCACAUGAUUGGUUUGCGUCGUUUCAUUUUCUUCUUCUUCGAAUAAAAAGAAAAGGAUGCCAGAUUUGAAAGGGGGAAUUCGACGAUCAAAGAGGAUCAAUGACAACCAGGAGACCCCUGCUGUCUUAGCUACAACUGCUCAGCGUGGUGGUGCUAAUAGAGGUCGAGGUCGAGGUAGAGGACGCAGAGCAAUGAACCAGGAUGACAAUGCAGUGCUUGUUGGCCCUGGUGCUUGUGGCAGGGGUUGCAGUGGAUUAAACUUGCCAGUGAAGCACCCGGUUGAGAAAACUGCUGAAAGAUUGGUUGCUGUUGAGGAAGAAGGAAGCACUAGUCCACUUCCUGAAAGGGUACAAUUUGGUAACUCUCCUGUGUACAUGUUGGAUAGAAAGUUGGGUAAAGGUGGUUUUGGACAAGUUUAUGUUGGAAGAAGGAUCACUAGUGCCAUAGGAUGCACUGGUGCUGAUGCCUUUGAGGUUGCUUUGAAAUUUGAGCAUCGAAAUGGUAAGGGAUGUAGUUCUGGUCCUCCUUAUGAGUGGCAAGUAUACAGCUCUCUUAAUGGCUGCUAUGGACUUCCAUCGGUUCAUUACAAGGGUCAACUAGGGGACUACUACAUACUCGUUAUGGAUAUGCUUGGUCCAAGUUUAUGGGAUGUUUGGAACUCAAACAAUCAGAUGCUUACAGAAGAUAUGGUUGCUUGUAUAGCAGUUGAGGCAAUAUCAAUUUUAGAGCAGCUCCAUCACAAAGGCUUUGUACAUGGAGAUGUUAAGCCUGAGAACUUUUUGCUUGGUCAGCCUGGGACCUCAAAUGAGAAGAAGUUGUAUUUAGUUGAUCUGGGUUUGGCUUCGAGGUGGAAGGAGGCAGCUUCUGGACGUCAUGUAGAUUAUGACCAAAAGCCUGAUGUGUUUAGGGGAACUGUACGUUAUGCAAGUGUGCAUGCUCAUUUGGGUAGGACAGGCAGUCGAAGGGAUGACCUUGAGUCAUUGGCUUAUACACUAAUAUUUUUACUUAGAGGAAAACUUCCCUGGCAAGGUUACAUUGGGGAGAACAAAGGAUUUCUUGUUUGUAAGAAGAAGAUGGCAACUUCUCCUGAGAUGCUUUGUUACUUGUGCCCUCCUCCUUUUCAACAAUUUCUUGAGAUUGUGACCAACAUGAAAUUUGAUGAAGAACCAAAUUACUCAAAGCUUAUUUCUCUUUUCCAUAAUAGCAUUGAUUUCAAUUCAUCAAUACGUCCUAUCCAAAUUGAUGGAGCUAUUAAGCUGGGUCAAAAAAGGGGAAGAGCACUUUUUGAGCUGGAAGAUGGUGAGCAGCUUAGGAAGAAACUUCGGCUAGGUUCUCCUGCUUCUCAGUGGAUCACAGUAUAUAGUUCCAGAAAUCCAAUGAAACAGAGGUAUCACUACAAUGUUAUAGAUUCAAGACUCCAGCAACAUGUGGAGAAAGGAAAAGAAGAUGGCUUGUAUAUUAGCUGUGUAGCUUCAUCAUUGAAUCUGUGGGCCAUUGUUAUGGAUGCAGGGACAGGUUUCACAUCUCAGGUUUAUGAGUUAUCUCCUGUCUUUUUGCAUAAGGAAUGGAUAAUGGAACAAUGGGAGAAGAAUUACUACAUUACUUCAGUUGCUGGUGCUUGCAAUGGCAGUGCACUGGUUGUAAUGUCAAAGGGUACACCCUACACGCAACAGUCCUACAAAGUUAGUGACGUAUUUCCUUUCAAAUGGAUUAAUAAGAAGUGGAAAGAAGGCUUCUCUGUGACCUCAAUGACCGCUGCAGGCAGCAAAUGGGGCAUUGUCAUGUCCCGUAAUGCAGGCUAUCCUACUCAGGUUGUUGAACUCGAUUUCCUUUAUCCAAGUGAGGGGAUUCAUAGAAGAUGGGAAAAAGGAUAUCGGAUUACCGCAGCAGCUGCUACAGAGGAUCAAGCUGCAUUCAUACUUAGUGCGUCCAAGAGAAAAUCACAAGAUGUAAUGCAAGAAACUUUGCGUACAUCUGCUUUUCCUAGUACCCAUGUAAAGGAUAAAUGGUUGAAAAAUCUGUAUAUUUCAUCCAUUUGCUAUGGGAGGACAGUGUCCUGAAGUUUGGUAUUCGGAAGAAGCAACUGCAGUUUACAAGUUAAAAAGGCAGGUAAACUAUCCCGGUCUAUUAUUCAAGGCCUUGAAAUUAAUAACUGUUGAUGAGUCUUGUAAAGAUUCCAUCUGAUUGCGCAUUUUGUCCAGCUAAUACUUAAUGCUUUGAAUCAAAAGUUUCCUUCCAUCUUAUCUUUUUGAUUUUGCUCGAA